AAAAGUCAAGGUCGCCAGUGUGGUGCAAACGAAUCUUCCGAUGCCCGAGUUGGAGCGAGACCAAAAAAGAUGAUAACGGCUGGUAGGCCAGUGAAGCGACAGCGACGAUGGUGGUGAUGGUGGUGGUGGUGGCGAGUCUGGUGCGGGGUCGACUGGGAAAGCAAUCGGGUACCAAGUCCAGGAAUAACAACACCAGCAGCAACAACAGCAGCAGCAGCAGCAGCGAGCGGCUAGAUAGAUUCGGAGGAAGGACGGACUCAAUGACGCUGGUUCGAGAUUUGAGGCCCGUACGAUACUGGUGUGUGUUGAGAGGCAAAGGCAGGGCCGCCAAGAGAGAAGGGAGAGAUGCUGGGGGGGGGGAUCAGCAACGACCCCGAGGAUCAAGUGUCCGAAAUGCUGGCUCGACCGAGCCGACGCCGCUGGAGACGGAGCAGACGGCGCCAGGAAGUGCAGGCGGGCGCCGACACAGGCGAUCGUGGAAGAUGUGCAGCAGGCAAGGACGGUACCGAUGGGGCCAGGCGAUCCUCGCCGAGGGCAGGAUCGGCAGUCUCCUUGGGCGGAAUCCGCUGCCGGCCAGGCCAAAGAGCGAAUGCACGACGAUCGGAUCGAUAGGCGGAUGGGGCCAGCGAAUGAUUCGUGUUUGGUUGGGCCUGGGAAACAUCCCCGCCAUUUUGCCCGUCAUGGCAACACUGCUCCGCCAUAAGCGCCGAAUGCCCGAGCACCACCGGCGAAUGCCCGAGCAGCACCGACGAUGCAUGACCCAGCAGCAUCACACAUCCUCGGCCUCACAGCUGGCUGACCAGCUGGGUAAUCAACUGUUUCUCGGGAUUGCUGUCGUCGCCACCCAUGUUGUCGCGGUACUCUGUCGUUUCAAUAACCCAUCCAACCCGCAACCGGAGAGAUAGCAUCGAUUGUAAGCCAUCGACCCGCAAGCAGACGCAGAAACAGCGAGCCCUUCCGGCCCCUCGCCCUCCCCCCACUGC